ACUCACCAAGGCGAGGCUCCCGAUGAGUGAUCUGUGAUUGUCUGAAUUCUCAAGUGGCAGUGUCGAUUGUCAAAGGAUUACGUUUAUGCUGUGCACAUUAUACUCUUGUAUUGUUGUAUGUUAUGCUGUCAAGUUGUCAUCUUUAUCCGUCCGUAGUGUUCAGUUAUCAGUGACUCAAACAAUUCUUUAAAAUCUAAUUUAAAAUUUUGUGUAACUAGUUAACCAAGAAUGGCGUCAACUGUUAGCGGUUACAAAGUUUUUUCUGAUAUUGGAAAAAUGAACGCUGAUGAGGCGGCUGAACUUCGGGAACAAUUCACUGCUAUCGACAAAAAUGGAGACGGCUAUAUUGAUUUAGCGGAAUUGAAAACAGCGUUGGAUCUAUGCGGGUUCAAACUUCCAGGAUGGAAAGUGAGAACUAUCAUUCAAGAUUUCGAUGAUAAGAAAAGGACAGAACACCAGGGGCGCCUCUCCUUUGGCGAGUUUGAAAAGCUCUGCACUGAACUCAAAGCAAAUGAAGUUGGAAGCACAUUCAAGCAAGUGGUUUCGAAGAAAGAAAACUUGGAAACUCUCGGAGGAAUGUCUGAUGCAUCGAGUGAAGGUACUACACAUUCUGUACGGUUGGAAGAGCAACUUGCCUUUUCUGAUUGGAUUAACACCAACCUGGGUUCAGACCCUGAUUUGAAACAUCUCCUGCCAAUCGAUUCCGAAGGAAAACUGCUGUAUGACAAAGCAAAAGAUGGAAUUUUACUAUGCAAAAUCAUCAACCACUCCUGUCCAGAUACGAUUGAUGAAAGAGCAAUCAACAAGAAGAAUCUAACAUUGUACACAAAACUGGAAAAUCUGACAUUAGCGUUGAACUCAAGCCAGUCCAUCGGAUGCAACAUUGUCAACAUUGAUGCACACAACUUAGCCAAAGGAAAACCGCACUUGGUUCUGGGACUUCUGUGGCAGAUCAUCAGGAUCGGACUGUUCAAUCAGAUCACCCUGGAGAACUGCCCCGGGUUGGCUACACUGCUCUCCCAUGGCGAAGGCAUCGAAGACCUUAUGAAGCUGUCUCCCGAAGCAAUCCUUCUCAGAUGGGUCAACUACCAUUUGGCGAACGCGGGUGUGGCCAGAAGAUGCAACAACUUCCAAAGCGACAUCUCCGAUUCAGAAAUCUAUUCGCAUCUGAUACGACAGAUAGCUCCUCCGGAUAGCGAAAUCUCAAUGGAAGCACUCAUGGAACCUGACAUGACGAAACGCGCUGAAAUAAUGUUGCAGCAAGCCGCUAAGCUGCAUUGUAGGUCGUUCGUCACUCCCAACGAUGUUGUCAAUGGCAUUUACAAGUUGAAUCUUGCGUUUGUAGCCAAUCUUUUCAACAACCAUCCUGGUCUAGAUCGCCCUGAAGGUGAAAUUGAGGGUCUGGAAAAUUUGGAGGAGACUAGAGAGGAGAAGACCUACCGUAACUGGAUGAACUCAAUGGGAGUCACUCCUUGUGUCAAUUGGCUCUACUCUGAUUUAGCUGAUGGCCUUAUCAUCUUCCAGCUGUAUGACAUCAUCAAGCCUGGCAUAGUCAAUUACAACAGAGUUCACAGGAAAUUUUCAAAACUUCGUAAAUUCAUGGAGAAAUUGGAAAAUUGUAACUACGCAGUUGAAUUGGGAAAACAACUUGGAUUUUCUCUUGUGGGAAUUGCUGGCACAGACUUGAAUGAUGGAAAUGCAACUCUAACUCUUGCGCUAAUUUGGCAGUUGAUGAGAGCCUACACAUUAUCUGUGCUCACUCAGCUGGCUAACACAGGAAGUCCAAUCGUGGAACGGGAAAUCGUCUCUUGGGUCAACAACAAACUACAGGCUGCAAACAAGACUAGCUCUUUGAAGGGUUUCCAGGAUUCUUCAGUCAAGGAUGCAAGAGUAGUGAUUGAUUUGAUUGACUCCAUCAAACCUGGAACAAUCAACUACGAUCUUGUAAAGGACAGCGGUUCUGAAGAGGAUAAUUUGGCAAAUGCCAAGUAUGCUAUCUCAAUGGCUCGCAAGACGGGAGCCAGGGUCUACGCUCUACCUGAAGACAUCACUGAAGUCAAACACAAAAUGGUGAUGACCAUGUUUGCCUGCCUCAUGGCCAUGGACUAUGUGCCCAACAUGGAUUCAAAACAGUAGUAAUCAUUAUGAUAUUGAAAUUUAUAAUUUUGUUGUUAUUAUAUUUUAUUGCUGGCCUGAAUUGCAUUGAUAAGGCCAGUGCUUUUAUAUUAUUUAUAUUAGUUAUGUGUAAGUGCAUGCAUGUCUUCAUUUAGUCUUCCAGGGUUUAAAUUUUCAUGUAAACCUUGUACAAACCAUUCGAUUUUCAUGGGUUUGAGCGAAUUUACACAUUGCAAUGAAAUCUUUUUAUUAUAUUUAUUGUUAUAUUUUGAUCCAACUCAUUUAUAAUUUCUCAUUUUACGUGUUAUAUUUUAGGAUUACUUGUAUCGUAAUUUUCAUUUAAUUAUAUUUGACUCACUGUUCUGAUAAACUAAAUCAGUAAUCAUUUGAAAUACUCAUUAGUUCUAUGAUGAAUGGUAUAGCUAGUAAGUUAUGUGAUUAAUUGUUUUGGUGUGAAUUGAGAGCACAUAAGUAUGGUAGAGGCCAUUUUAUAGAUUAUGUUUAGAUGGGCAUUGAAAUUAGCCAAUAAUAUAUUAACAAGACUGUCAAGUAUCAUUGAUUUUUUGAAUUGCGUCUUCCUUUCAAAACUACUAUCAAAUUUUGAUGAAUAUUGUGUAUCUUGAGGCAAUAAAUUGACAGAUCAAUUUCUUCAAUAAAAUGUCAUCUUUUGCUUUCAAAGAAGUUUCAAAAAUUAAGAUUUUUGGUGUUAAAAAAAUUGUGUUCCCCGUAGAUCCUCCAUGUAACUGAUAUAGUAAUAUUUACCCCAAAUCAAAUUUGAAUUUGAGUCACUAUUGCUUAGUAGCACCAAUUGUAAUCUAAGGUCACGUUGAUCAGCUUGAAAGAUGAUGCAAUAUGGUUGAUUUUCGUGGGUGCAAUUUAGCUAGAAAGAGCAUUAUUUUUCUCAAAUUAUUGCCAAAUGGUCUAGAUGCCAAAUAAACCAUCUUAGAAGAUGAUUAGAGGUGAACAAUAAAAAUAAUUGAAAGUAGUAAAAUGACUUUUUUCAUAGAUUAGAGUGUUUCAACAAGUCAUAGCUUUAAUGCCAAGUAUACAAUACAAUUAUUUACAGAAUUUAGAUGGAACCUUUAGAAUUCAAGCAUUCCUUUACUCAGGUAAAAUUAAUAAUCACGCCUGUUUUAUAAAUUGUCUAGUGCCUUAUUAAUGUUGUUUUGAGUCUAGUUCGUAAUACAGUGGCUUAUGGUACACUAUUUUCAAGGUUCAGAAAUGUGAAUUUUCCAUAUUCAUACUUUAUUGAUAAAAUUAUCUGCUAAAACUGGUUACAAAGGGAGUCCAUUCUCGGGGAAUAAACCUUGCUUGUGGUAGAGAGUUUCAUAAUAGUAAAUUAUGGAAUUCAACAUUUCCUUUUGCAUUAUUAGUAGAUACAAAUGCGAAACAAUUUUUGUUUCUAGGUAAUGAACCCAGAAUAAAGUUAUUGAUUUAAAUUAAAUUAUAGAGUCAACAUUCCCAAAAUGCAUUAUCAAUAGAGAAAAAGAAGACAUGAAUAUUCCAAAGCAAUCUUAAAGCCUGAUUUUAUAUGAGAUAUAAUAUUGAUUUAUAUGGAAUCAACAUUUCCGAGAUGCAUUAGGCUAUUAAUAGAAAAAAGGAAGAUAUAUGAAGAUUCCAAUACAAUCUUAGAGCCUGAUUUUAUAUGAGAACUUAUACUGACUGUAGAUUACACAUUUCCAAACUUAUAUUUUCUUCCAUAGAAAUAGGAUUGCUUAUAUACAGAGUGUUUCAGAAGUAGUGUCGAACAUUUCAGGGUAUUGUUCCUGGAUGAAAAGAGUCUACAAAUGUCGUAUUUUAAGUGUCUAAAACUCAGCGGUUAUCCUUAUAGCUGUCAUUUUGUUUUUCCCACUUAGGAAUUUUUAUCUCAAGAACGAAAUGAAGUAUUGAUCUGAAAUUUGGCAUGAAUAUUAAUGCUAUAAACACUCAACUUUAAAAAAUAAAAUAGAAAAUGUUUGAUGUACAUUUUCAAAAUGGCAGCCAUUUUAAAUUUUUGAUUGCAAAUUUCACGAAAACCGUUCACUUUAUAGAAAACUUAGAAGAGACAAAAAAAGUUAGCAAAAUUUAUCAAGAUUUCAAGGAUAUUAAGUUUUUGACACUUAAAAUACGACAUUUGUAGUCUCCUAUCAUCCAGGAAAAAUACCCUAAAAUGUUCGACACUACUUCUGAAACACUCUGUAUAUUGUGUGUGUUGAAUUUCGGAUAAAUUUUAUACAAAAUAAAAUUUUGAAUUUUGAACAUCAUAAGUUUGGAUACCGUCAAGAAAUGAGAGGAUAGACUUACAUUAUUUUUCAUUUGUUUUCUACCGAUUUAUGUACUACAUACUACAUUUAUGACUAAAUUUUUGAUUUGAUUUUAUGUCAAGAUUUCAUAAAUCUUUUCCCAUUAAUUCAAAAAAUGAUAAAAUACAUAAAUAAAAAUACAUUUAUGACUGAAUUUUUGAUUUGAUUUUAUGUCAAGAUUUCAUAAAUCUUUUCCCAUUAAUUAAAAAAAUGAUAAAAUACAUAAAUGACUGAAUUUUUUAUUUGAUUUUAUGUCAAGAUUUCAUAAUUUUUUCCCCAUCAAUUAAAAAAAUGAUUGAUUUAUACUGUAUAUUGCUACAUUUUUUGUAAUUUCUAUAUUUCUAAUCACAAUCAGCAUUUUUGGUAACAACUUUUCAAUUUUGUAAUUAAAUACUUUCUAAUGAAAACAAUUUGAGUUUCUGUGGUAAGACUUUUUAUAUUUUUGUACUAAGGAUGAAGUAAUGUGUUGGUCUAAUGGUGCUUGACAUACAUUUCUCCUAUAGUGAGGUCCCCGUUAUAAUGGCAGUAUUUGAUGACAUUGGUGUUGCUAUCCUUGUCUAUCAUUCCACAAAACAGAUAGCGCUGUCCUUUUCCAACUCCGCAACGUUGCCAGAUCGGUUUUCAAUAAUGUAGAAAUAUAGAUAGAUAAAUGUCUUCUAUUUUCACUUAAUAACAUUACAAAAAGUGAUGUGAGCGAAGUUGAGGCAAUAUAAUAAUGCAUAAUCACAGUAUAAUUAAUUAACAGAAUAUAUUAUCUCAUUUAUGAUUUUUUUGAUUUAAACAUCGAGAAAUAAGUUUUCUUGACGAAUCAAAUAUAAUGUACUAUUUUUGACAAGAAUGAAAAGUUGAUAUUACAUCAGAUAUACCGGUAUCAGCUAUAUUCUAUAGAACAAUGGUCGCCAAACUUAUGAGCCUGUGAGCUAGAAUAGAAUUUAUAAAUCUUCUAGUGAGCUACCAAGCAAUAUUAGACUUGAGAAAGUACAGCAAAAUGAAAUUUUCACACUUUUAUUGCCUAUAAAGAUACAUUUCUAGUGUUGAAAUCUACUCAUGUCAUAGCAAAAAGUAUAAAAAAGUUGAAAUGUACAUUUCAAUGAGAGCAGUGGAACUCUUUAUGGUCAUCAAGUAUUUUCUUGAUGUUUGGAGUUUAGGCUGUAGCCGCCAUUCUGAUACAGUUGUCCAAAUGUUCAUCAGUCAGUCUGUUCCAAUAUCAAUUUUUUAUAAAUUUCAUACUUGAAAAAGAUGCUACACACAAGUAAGUAGAGCUUAACAUAGCAACUUGAAUAAUAUUUGGAUAUUUUUCUUCGGGGACUUGAGGCCAAAUAUUUCCAGUUGUAGACAGUGAUCUGAGAGACAGAUCAUUUUGAAAAUCCACAAAUUCCAUUUCAACUGGAGCCUGAUCUCCACAAAAAUGUUUUACAAUACAAGCUGCAAAAUCUUCUCCAUUGAUCUCUGCGAAAGAGAGUUGAUGAAUUGUUCGAUAUGCUUUUAAAAUCUUGAAAUCGUUGAUCAAACUGUUGUCUCAGGUCUGAAAGAAUCGCAACGUAUUCUUGAUUAUUGCUGCGGUGCUGUGGAGGAUUUUUCUCGUCAUUGAUUUUCUUCAGACUGGGAAAGUGUUUUUAUUCAAACUGGACGACAUCCUUUUGCAUGAGCAUCUCUGUGAGUUACCAAAAACUACCCCACUAGCUACCGGUAGCUCGCGAUCGACUGUUUGGCGACCGCUGAUAGAAGGUAGUGGCAAGGCUGAAAAUCGGCAAUGCUUUCCUCCCAUCUAUCUCCACUGCCAUUAUAACUUGGACCUCACUAUAGAAUUUGUCGCUGCCUGUUUUCAAUAACAAGUAAAAUAUUAGCCAAUUUUUUGAUACACAAGUUGUAAUGAAAUGCAUAAUUAGAUUUAGACUAGAUGAUGAGUGUUCCACUACCAUAAAAUAAGUUAAGCUCUUAAUAUGUCAAUUUAGACUUCUAAUUAGAAUUCUAAUUUGCUUCCAUAUCUGUGCCAUUACUUUGUACAUAACUGCCAAUACUUUUCCAAUUAUGUUUGUAUCCACCUAAAAUUGCUGCAAAUCAACACACUCCCAGUAAGUUGUUUCUCAUAAUCUGUACAUAGUCUAUCUCCUUCAAACAUUCAAUAUAUUUCGUGUGAUUUUAUAAUAAAAUUCACAUUUUCAUGCAACUUUCAUCAUAAAUAGUCUUGAUUCUGUAUUGAUUAUUGCUUAAUAGUGUACAUGUGUGUUUAAUAUUGUCCAUAUUUCUUGGGACUGAAUUUAUUGUACUCUUUGUUGUUCGAGAUCCAAAUUUAAUUUCGCUAGCAAGUAAUUCUCCUGAGAUAUCUGUUUUAUAUCUCUCUUUUCUGUUUAGGGCUACUUGUAAUAUAAAUAUAAAUACAAAUCUCAGUACCCUUUUCAAAAAAACUUUCAGUACUCUUUUUCAAAAAAAAAUCAAAAAAUUGAAUGAAUAUCCGAAACGUCUUGUGAUAAAAUAAUUCAAAAAAAGGGUACUAAGAUUUGUAUUUCUAUUUAUUCUGUUUUAUAUGAUAUGUUUAAGAUUUAUCAUGAUUCUGAAUGAUAUCUUUUCGGCUUUUAACAUUUAUAUCCCAUAGAAAUCGUUGAUAACCUAUUUAAAAAAUUACUUUGUUAAGUCUUACUUAAGAAAAUCACAUUCCAAUUAUUGGAAUUCACAUGUUAAUCUUGUAUGUGUGUAUGUGUUUGUGUCUGUCAAAUAUACAAGAAACUCCAGUUAGGCAUGAUGUGCUCUGAUUAAUACAAUGGCCCAUAUGAAUAAAACCAGAGCAAAUGCUCAUGAGCAAGAGCAUGGAGCAUAAGGUUCUGCUCAUGAGCAAAAGGUAGAAGCAAAAGCAUUUGCUCAUUUUUAUAUGAAUAAGCUUUACCUUAUGCUCCUGAACUCUGGAGCAAAUGCUCACGUAUUUUAAAGAUUUUUCAUCAGCUGAUUCGCUUUUGUAGCCUUACUUUGUUUUUAUAGCUCAUGGAAGCGCUAAAUAUGCAAGUAGGGGGCACCGCUUGUGUUUGCGUCGUCUGCUCUGUUUUCUAUUUAUGAAUAGAGUUUUAGGUUAGUUGAGUUUAGAAUUUUGAAAUAAUAGCGUGAAAAAAUGUCAUCUCUUUAAUAAUCUUCAGCAUAUUCUUAUAUCAAUAGCCUUCUUAUAAUUGUCUACCCUCGAUUAGACAACAGAAGUAAGUAAGUAAAGAAGUAAACUCUCAUCUUCUUAAAUGCCUAUUUCCUAUUUUGUGAUGGCUAUCUUUAUAUCAGCUAUCUUUUGUAGGGAUAAUGGUGAUAUAUAUCAUGGUUGAAUCUAAAAAGAGUUUUAUAGUUCUCAACUAUUGUUUGUGAUCGUAUCUGGUAUAGUUUCCUCUUCCUCGUACGAAUUAGUUGUGCCAUUUUACUAUGAGCAAAAGGUGAUAAGCUGCUCUAGACUAGACUCACCUUUUUUGAAGCAUUUGCUUCAAAAGUUGAGCAAAUGCUCUAGUUUAUUCAUACAAUUUUGAGCAAAAGCUUCUACUUUUUUGAUGAGCAUGUGCAAAAGGUUUUGCUCACGUUUAUUCAUAGAAAAUGAAGCAAAUGCUCCAUAUUUUAGAAGUAUAAGCAAAUGCUCAACUUGAUUCAUAUGGCCCAUUAUUACUGCUGAAUAUCAAAAUCUUUGUAAAUAUGUAAUAUUGCUGUAAAAAUGUCUAAACACUUGUACAACUUCCUGCCACUGAUCACGUGAUUUGGUGUUUAAACUUUAUUCAGGUACUUAACGAAUGUUUUUUCAUUUCAGAGGGAUGAUCAUAUGAUCGCUGUGUUUAUUGUUGAUGCUCAUAGAGCAUGGUUUUUGCAGUUAUCACUUUGAUACUGCUCGUUCUUACAAAUAAUAUAUAAAUUUCUAUUUAAAAUUAUUCUUAGGGUUUGUACGAUUGGUCAUGUAACUUUUGAUAUCUUUUUAUAUUGAUAAAACUUUGUAAGAAAGUACUGUUUGUUAUAUAAGCGGUUUGAACAAUGGCAUGGCAUAGUAUACUUUAGAUAAAUGCAAUUUUGUGUGUGUUGCAUUCCUAAAUAAUUGUAACAUAGUUUUGUUAAGCAAUUAAAUAAUAAUUACUGUGUAUGUGAUAGAUUUUCAAUGAAACAAUCAUCCAUGGUUUGUUUGCUUUUGCCGCAGAAUUCACAAUACUCUGUGGUGAACAAAAAGUGCAAUGGUUUAUGAAAAUAAUCUUAGUUGAUCUUGGAAAGGAUAAAAUUUGUGGAAAUCUGAGACUUGAUGCGAUGCCAAGAUGAGACAUUAUUGUCUUCAAUUAUGAUGAUAGUGAUUGCAAUAACUUUAUUACUCCUCAAUUGAGAUGGAUAUAAUUCUAAAUGCUCUCAUUCACUCAUGUUUAAUGAAUUAGAUUGAAUAAGUCUUAUAUGAACGCCUAAUUAGAUUAGAUCAUGUGGAACUAACAUUAAACCGUUUUCCUCUGGAAUAACAAUUUUCUUCAAAUAAUACAGUUAAAGAAUAUCAAUAAAGAAUAUCAAUACAGAACAUCCAAAUUAUUAAAAUGCAAUCAAAAGUAUAAUUAUUUCUAUUAUCUUUAGUGAGGACGUCAUAAUGGCAGUGUUUGAUUAGCAAUGGUAUUGCUAUCCUUGUCUAUUAUUCGACAAAGCAGAUGGCGCUAUCCUUUUCCAACUCCACAACGUUGCCAGAUCGGUUUUCAAUAAUGUAGAAUUAAUAAUUAACAAAAUAUGUCAUCUGAAUUAUGAAACUUCAUUAUUAAAUUAUUGAAAAAUAUAAUGUCUUGCUUGAUAAAAUAUAAUUGAAUAUUUUAAACGAGAAUGAACAGUUAAUAUUACAUCAAUAAACCUGUAUCAGCUACCGUCUAUAGAAGGCAUUGACAACGUUGAGGUUCGCCAACGUUGUUCUGCUAUCUUUCUUCACUGCCAUUAUAACGUGGGCCUCACUAUACGUCAAGUGUUUAUUUUAUUUAUCCUCACAGAAUAUUCAGGAAUAUGAGCAAGUUUCUACUCUUGGAGAUCAUUUGAUUGAUUGAAUCUCCACUGAAGAGAUUGAUUGAUUGAGCAACAAAAAUUCACUUAUAAUUAUAAAAGAAAAUUAUUAAUAAAUUCUCGCGUCUAAUUUUCUAAGCAAUAUAAUAUACUGAUAUCAAGCAUAAGAGUUCAAUAAUGUAGUUCAAAUUACUGUAAUUAGAAAGUAGGAUUAAAUUUUUUGUUUCAAAUCUAUUAAAAUUUAGUGUUUAAUAGUGUGGAUUAGUGAGGAUGUUUAUGGAUAAAAUUCUUGGAAAAUCAUGUGUUUUGUGGAGAAUGUUUAUAGAUAAUUCAUGAUUCAUGUGGUUAGAUAAUUUUUUGCCGGGGUAUGCUAUUGAAAGUGUAGAAUUAUUCAUCAAGUAUGAGAAAAUUUGUUUUAACCAAGGAAAACUACAUUAUUUUGAAGGAAACAAAAAUGUAAUCACUUGUGAUGCAGAAAUGGAUAUAUUAUUUCUCUCCAAGUAGCGUUUGUAAGAAGCUUGUAAUGUACUCUAAUUAGCUUUUAUGAAAGAUUCUUUGACUUGAAUUUUCUUGGAAAUCAAAUUUUAUUGACGGAAAAUAAAAACAUUUACUGCAAACUGAAACAUAAUGCUAUAUAGAGUAUAUUCAAAGUCGUUUGAAACUUGAAAUUUGCAAUUAUACGUUUGAUCAUCUCAUCAAAUCAACCACGCAUAAGCGCAAAGCUCAUGUGGGGGGGUCAUCCACUAUAAGAAAAUUAGAUUGGAUCAAAUUGAAUGAAUGAGAAAGCUUAUUCAUUGAAAACUUUCUUUCUUCACCUGAAAAACAUGAUUUAUUUCUUGCGUUAUAACAAUUUUCUCUUGAGCUUGUUGAAGGAUCCUGGCUUUUAGUUUUAUCAGAUGCAAAUCGUGCCAAAUUUGUUUAUUGAAUUGUAAAUUAUACAUCAUGUUCUAUUAUCAAUUUGGAGAUCCUAUAUUCAUUUAAAUUAAAUCAUAUAGAGAAUUUAACAAAUUGAGUACGGUGGGUACCUUUAAAAUGUAAUAUUGUAACUUCAGUUUAAACGUUGAAGGUACUCAACUUUAGUACCUUUAAAUCAUUUUUAUUGAUUCAAAAUUCUAGAUUUGAGGUAAAAUUCCGUAACUAAGUAACCUGAUUAUUUUGAAAUAUUUUUGGAAAAAAGGGUACUUGGAUUUUAAUUCCCAGGUAUCCUUUUCAAUUUGAAUGACAUAAGACACUUGUUUUAUUGGAUCACUGAAUUGAUAGUAACGUUAUUGUAUCAAAGCAUGUUCGUUAAGACGUUUUCGUGAAGGUAUUAUAGUGAUCAGUUAUUUGCCGUUAAUGUUUUAUUUGCGCUUGAAAAGCAUUAAACCAGUUUGUGAGUUGAUAUUUUCUAUUUUUUCUUGUUGAAACAUUGAAUAUAUUUAUUUGUGUUGCUUCAAUAUUUGAAAUUUAAGCAGCAUUUAUUGAUUCUAAUUGGUUUCAGUUUUGUGUCUAAUCUAGUUAUUGAAGAAUGAAGAUUAUUUUCUUUCUAAAGAUUAUUAUGUACCCUAUUUUACUCUGUAUCAAUAUCAGCUUGUAUGAAACAAAAACGUUCUCUUUCUCUUGUAUAAUAUAGGCUAUGAUGGUAUAUGUGAUGGUAUGAGUACAUUAGUACCGUAGUCUAUUAUAUUAGUGGAAAAUAAAUUCAGGUUUUUUAAUAUCUAAUACUUGAUUAAACUGUGCUUUUAUAUAUUAUACUUAGUUCUUACAAUAGAAUUGAAUUUACAUCAUAUUUGUAUACAAACUAUUCAAAUAAAAUUUCUUAACUAUGACGAA